AUCUUUUUCCACUGCCGAAAAUGUUAUUGCGGAUGACGACUUACUAAUAUCUCUCCCUUCCGGGUCUCCUUUAAACCCUCACCAUAACCUCAGGUACACCGCAUCAUCUCCAUAAACUACCCACAUUAUCCUCAAUUAUGGUGAAGAAGUUUUCUGGCCUGCAAAGGGAGGUUUUAGACUUAUACAGGAAUUGUCUCAGGUCGUUGCACCAGAAGCCAAAAGAAAACAGAAGGAAUUGGGUAAACUACAUCCACGAAGAGUUCGGAAAAUAUAGAAACGUGCCACGUCGUGAUUUUGGAACGAUAGAGCACUUAAUUCGUGUCGGCCACAGACGAUACGAGAUGUAUAGCGAUCCUUCUAUCAAAAACGUCAAGUAGAUCCAACCCCUUCUGAAAAUAUUAUCUCUCUUUAUAAACCACGAAACGUAUACUUGUAUAAACACGCAAAUGAACUAGCAAAUUUUUAACGAAUAAACUCAAAAUAAAUCGAUC